AUGAACGUUCCGUUGUCUAUCACACGAUCGAAUUCGGCUGAAGGUGGUGUUGAAUCGUGUUUGUCCGAGAAGACGGAGCUGGUGAAUCGUGCACUGACCCGAGCUUCUGCUUCGUACACGUUCUUUGUACGUAGCGCGACGCAGGGGGGCGACCGCAUGAUACCCGAUGCUGGCGCAGAAGAUCACGUAAAUGCUGUAGAGGAGAACGACCGAACAUGUGCGGUCUCUACUUGUUUCCGAUGGACGUACAGCCCGUCAUUUGACAACUUCUACGUGAACAACUCUAGCAACGAGUGGCAUGCGCAGUCGAUGCAGUGCGUUGGUAUGGAUAUUGUAAACUAA